CUAUUUUAAUUCUCACAUCGAAUCAUCAAAGUGAAGCGAACGAGUCGUAUCAAAUGGGUAGCGACUGGAGAAGAUCAAUGGGGAACGUGAGGUCGUUCGUGGGAAACUCCAUGGGUGGACUUAGAGGAGGUCAGAAUCUCGCUUCUUGGCUCGUUGCGGGAACAAUCGCUUACUAUCUUUGGGUUAAACCAGCUCAGGAUCUCAAAAAGGAACAGCAGGCGAGGGCACUUCUCGCGGUGGCUGAUGCGAAUGAAUACGUCGAGAAGAGGAAACCAAUCGCUGAUCCUCAGGUUACUGGUCUGAUAUAUGGAAACAAGAACAGAACCGAUAAACAACAGGAUUAAACUAUAUUUUGUAAUGAACAUCUUCUUCGGUGUAAGUUAGCUUCUACGGGUUUUGUCAGGUUUUUCCAUAGCUAAAGAAUCAUUGUAUAGACAAAUACUAUAAGCUGUUACCCUUACACAAUCGAAUAAAAAUGAUGGAAUCUGAAACUUUGUUUUGACUUCAA